UAGCUUGACUACCCUUUGACUGAUAUGGACCCACGUUACAUUUCUUCUUAGAUGUGUUUCACAGAAUAAGGCUUCUGUGCAUUUUUUUUUUCUAGGAGCGAUUUAUUAUUCUGUGCGCAAUGGCAGUAUUACAGUCCAGAGUCCCUCUCCUCCCAACCAACCGCUUUGAGAUGAGGAUUAAGGAGGGGGCAAGCGCUGAGAGAGGCUGUGGUUGGAAGCUAUUUCGUUAUUUUGCAUUACAACGAAGUUAACAAAAACAUUUGCAUUUUGGGGCGUCUGUCGUUGACAGGAGCACCGCUAGUGGUACUAGUAGUUGAGAGAAGGCAGGUUUCUCCAGAGGUUCGUUGGUGUCAUCUGAGGUUUACUGAUCAGAUUUAUGAAUGGCAGUCAAACAUUGCGUUUGGCCUAUUUCUUAUAUGGAAACUAUGUAUACGUAGUAAUUGUGUUUUAUGAUAGGCUAGUCUUCUAUUCUUCCAGUUGGUAGACAGUCCACAACCAGUUGUUUAAUUUUAAUUUUUUAUAUGCUGCAUUAAAUAUGCACAUAUUUGAAAUAGAGAGAAGAAUUAAUAAAAAUGAGUUUUAACACGUGUCAAUGUGUAGGAAGACGUUGGUUUAAUAAAGAAGUAAAUAUAUAGCUAAGUAUUAAAACUGGAAAAGUUAAUUGACAACAGCCAAGGACUGCUUGAAUGAAUAUACCUAGCUGAGUGUAAUUUUAUAACACAGAACACGCAGUGACUUGAAUGCCGUUUCAUAAAAGGAUGUAAAUGUUGACCAAUGUUUAGUGUUGUUCUAUUAACGUUUCUUAUGCAUCUAGAGUGUUGAUAGGAAAAUAUGCUUAUAGUAACAUGAUUUUACGGAUGCGAAGAAUAUACAACAUUGCAGGCUUAUUUCAGUCUCUUUAGGAAUAGCGCUGGGGACAAGUGUUGUACGUUCGAGCCGUACUCUCUGUAUAAGAACAUCCUUAAGAGUUUAUAUAUAUAUAAAAUAGUCAGAUAUCAUCAUGGCGGAUCGGACAGCUCCCCGGUGCCAGCUAAGAUUGGAGUGGGUUUACGGGUACAGGGGCCACCAGUGCCGCAAUAACCUGUAUUACACCGCGGGAAAGGAAGUGGUUUACUUCGUGGCUGGGGUCGGUGUGGUCUACAACACAAGAGAACACAACCAGAAGUUUUUCAUGGGACACAACGAUGACAUUAUCAGCCUUGCUUUACACCCUGAUAAAACCCAAGUUGCCACUGGCCAGGUUGGAAAGGACCCAUAUAUAUGCGUUUGGGAUACUGACAAUGUGCAGACCAUCUCUAUUCUCAAAGAUGUGCACACACAUGGAGUGGCCUGUCUGGCAUUUGAUUUGGACGGACAGCGUUUGGCCUCUGUGGGAUUGGAUGCCAAAAAUACGUUAUGCAUUUGGGACUGGAAGAAAGGAAAAGUACUGGCCACCGCAACAGGGCACUCCGACAGGAUCUUUGAUAUUGCCUGGGAUCCAUUUCAACAAAACAGACUUGUCAGCUGUGGGGUGAAACACAUUAAGUUCUGGGCAUUAUGUGGAAAUGCUUUGACACCAAAAAGAGGUAUCUUUGGCAAAACAGGGGACCUCCAGACUAUACUGUGUUUGGCCAGUGCUAAAGACGACAUCACAUAUUCUGGUGCACUAAACGGGGACAUCUAUGUCUGGAAAGGCCUCAACUUGGUUCGCACAAUUCAAGGAGCGCAUGGAGCUGGGAUAUUCAGCAUGUAUGCCUGUGAAGAAGGGUUUGCCACUGGUGGAAGAGAUGGUUGUAUACGGCUAUGGGAUACGGACUUCAAGCCAAUCACCAAAAUUGAUCUCAGAGAGACUGAGCAGGGAUAUAAAGGGUUGUCAAUCCGGAGUGUAUGCUGGAAAGCAGACCGCAUACUAGCAGGAACACAGGAUAGCGAGAUAUUCGAGGUGAUGGUGAGAGAGAGAGAUAAACCGCUGUUGAUAAUGCAGGGCCACUGUGAAGGAGAGCUCUGGGCCUUGGACCUUCAUCCCAAGAAACCGCUGGCAGUCACAGGCAGCGAUGAUCGAUCUGUACGGCUGUGGAGUCUGGCAGACCAUGCCCUGAUUGCCCGCUGCAACAUGGAAGAGGCUGUGCGGAGCGUAGCUUUCAGCAGCGAUGGCUCUCAGUUAGCUCUCGGAAUGAAGGAUGGCUCCUUCACUGUUCUCAGGGUCAGGGACAUGACUGAAGUAGUUCACAUCAAAGAUAGAAAGGAGGUUAUCCACGAAAUGAAGUUUUCUCCUGAUGGCUCCAACCUUGCUGUGGGUUCCAACGAUGGCCUGGUAGAUGUAUACGCAGUGGCUCAGCGCUACAAGAAAGUGGGCGAGUGCAACAAGUCUUCUAGUUUCAUCACCCACCUCGACUGGUCUGUCGACAGUAAAUACUUACAAACCAAUGAUGGCGCCGGCGAGCGACUGUUCUACAGAAUGCCAUCUGGUAAACAUUUGACAAGUAAAGAUGAGAUCAAGGCUAUCCACUGGGCUACCUGGACAUGCGUGAUUGGGCCUGAAGUCAGUGGGAUUUGGCCAAAAUACACUGGCAUAAAUUAUAUAAAUUCAGUGGACGCAAAUUACAACAGUGCUGUGCUAGUCACCGGAGAUGAUUUUGGACUUGUGAAGCUUUUUAGAUUUCCCUGUUUGAAGAAAGGGGCCAAAUUCAGAAAAUAUGUUGGUCAUUCAGCCCAUGUUACAAAUGUUCAUUGGUCACAUGACCUGCAGUGGGUGCUGAGCACAGGAGGGGCUGACCACUCUGUAUUUCAGUGGAGAUUAAUUCCGGACAGAAUGCCUAAUGGAUGUCUGGAAACCUCAGUUCAAGAUGGAUGUGUUGACUCCAAUAGUGAAGAAUCAGACUCUGAUUUAUCGGACGUGCCAGAGUUGGACUCAGACAUUGAACAGGAAGCCCAGAUUAACUAUGACCGUCAGGUGUACAAAGAAGAUCUACCUCAGCUCAAGCAACAAAGCAAAGAGAAAAACAAAUCGGUCAGCUCCUUAAAGCAGGAAAGAGCUCCAGAAGAGAGUCUAAAACUGCAGUUUGUUCAUGGGUACAGAGGCUAUGACUGUCGAAACAACCUGUUUUACACACAGGCUGGAGAUGUGGUUUACCACGUUGCUGCUGUGGCAGUCAUAUACAACAGACAGCAGCACACACAGCGAUUUUAUGUUGGACAUGAUGAUGACAUCCUUAGCUUAGCUAUCCACCCUGUAAAGGAUUAUGUGGCUACUGGACAGGUCGGAAGGGAUCCAUCCAUUCAUGUGUGGGAUACGCAAACACUGAGAUGUCUGUCUCUACUGAAAGGUCAUCAUCAGAGGGGAGUAUGUGCUCUGGAUUUCUCAGCGGAUGGAAAGAGUCUGGUUUCUAUUGGCAUAGAUGACAAUCACACUAUAGUUGUUUGGGACUGGAAGAAGGGUGAAAAGCUGGCAACAGCAAGAGGACACAAAGAUAAACUCUUUGUGGUAAAGUGUAAUCCUUAUCAUGUGGACAAGCUUGUUACAGUUGGUAUGAAGCACAUUAAAUUCUGGCAGCACGCAGGUGGAGGCCUUGUAUUUAAACGAGGGACUCUUGGCAGCACAGGGAAGCUGGAAACAAUGAUGUGUGUGUCCUAUGGCCGUGUUGAGGAUUUGGUUUUCUCUGGAGCAGCCACUGGGGAUGUUUUCAUCUGGAAAGACACUCUCCUGCUCAAGACGAUCAAGGCCCAUGAUGGCCCAGUGUUUGCCAUGUACUCCUUAGACAAAGGAUUUGUUACAGGAGGCAAGGAUGGAGUAGUGGAGUUGUGGGAUGACAUGUUUGAGAGGUGUUUGAAGACAUAUGCCAUCAAGAGAGCUGCUUUGUCUCCCGGUUCUAAAGGUUUGCUUCUCGAAGACAAUCCCUCAAUCCGUGCCAUUACUCUGGGACAUGGUCACAUACUUGUAGGAACAAAGAAUGGAGAAAUACUUGAAAUAGAUAAAAGUGGCCCUAUGACUCUGCUGGUUCAGGGUCACAUGGAAGGAGAAGUCUGGGGCCUGGCAGCUCAUCCUCUUCUCCCAAUCUGUGCCACAGUGAGUGAUGAUAAGACCCUUCGAAUCUGGGAACUCUCCUCCAACCACCGCAUGGUAGCAGUGCGAAAACUCAAAAAAGGUGGAAGGUGCUGUGCCUUCUCCCCAGAUGGGAAAGCCUUAGCUGUAGGAUUGAAUGAUGGAAGUUUUCUUGUAGUGAAUUCUGAUACUCUGGAAGACAUGGUGUCCUUUCAUCACAGGAAGGAAAAUAUUUCCGAUGUCAGAUUUUCACAAGAUGCUGGAAAAUACCUGGCUGUGGCUUCUCAUGAUAAUUUUGUCGAUAUCUACAAUGUGCUGACCAGCAAGAGAGUUGGCAUCUGCAAAGGAGCAUCAAGCUAUGUCACACACAUUGACUGGGACACAAGGGGUAAAUUACUGCAAGUUAAUUCUGGUGCCAAAGAGCAAUUAUUCUUUGAAGCCCCCAGAGGGAAGCGACAAACAAUCAGAAACUCUGAGAUAGAGAAAAUAGAUUGGGCCACGUGGACGUGUGUGUUAGGGCCGACAUGUGAAGGAAUCUGGCCAACACACAGCGAUAUCACUGACGUAAACGCUGCCUCUCUGACCAAAGACAGAAAGCUGCUGGCGACAGGGGAUGACUUUGGGUUUGUGAAGCUCUACACGUACCCUGCAAAGGGUCAGUAUGCAAAGUUUAAGAAGUAUGUUGGCCACAGUGCUCAUGUUACCAAUGUAAGGUGGUCCCAGGAUGAUUCCUCACUACUAACAGUAGGAGGCGCUGACACUGCACUGAUGAUCUGGGUCAGAGAAUCUGAUGGGAAUCGUGAGACUAAGCCUAUGGACAGUGAAGAGUCAGAUACUGACACAGAGGAGGAUGGAGGAUAUGACAGCGAUGUCGCAAGAGAAAAAUCUAUUGAUUAUACAAGUAAGAUCUAUGCAGUUAGUAUCCGAGAGAUGACCGGCACAAAACCCCACCAACAGCAGAAGGAAGUCUCUGUGGAAGAAAGGCCGCCUGUCAGCAGAGCUACCCCUCAACCUGACAAACUGCAAAAAAACAACAUGACAAAGAAAAAUAAACUUGUGGAGGAGCUUGUCUUGGAGCACGUGUUUGGAUACAGAGGCUUUGACUGUCGCAACAACCUGCAUUACCUCAAUGAUGGUGCUGAUAUCAUCUUCCAUACUGCUGCUGCAGCCAUGGUUCAGAGUCUGUCAACAGGAACACAGAGUUUCUAUCUGGAACACACAGAUGACAUCCUCUGUUUAACUGUAAAUCAACAUCCUAAGUAUAAAAAUGUUAUCGCAACUGGGCAGAUAGGCGAUGUUGCAGAUCCAGCAGGUACAACUCCUUCUAUUCACGUGUGGGAUGCCAUGGGCAAACAGACUCUUUCCAUACUGCGCUGUUCCCACGGUAAGGGUGUCAGCUAUGUGAACUUUAGCGCCACUGGCAAACUGCUGCUGUCUGUAGGAAUCGAUCCAGAGCACACAAUUACAGUCUGGAGAUGGCAAGAAGGUGCCAGAGUUGCUAGUAAAGGAGGCCACGCUGACAGGAUUUUUGUCGUGGAGUUCCGACCAGAUUCAGACUCACAGUUUGUGUCGGUGGGAAUAAAGCAUAUCAAAUUCUGGACUCUGGCUGGUGGUGCCUUGAUGUACAAGAAGGGCGGUAUCUGUUCAGUCGAGGAUGCAAGGAUGCAGACCAUGCUUUCUGUUGCAUUUGGUGCUAACAACCUUACUUUCACUGGUGCUAUAAAUGGAGCCGUGUAUGUGUGGAGGGAUCACUUUCUGAUUCGAGUGGUAGCUAAAGCGCACACUGGUCCUGUCUUCACCAUGUACACGACUCUAAGAGAUGGGCUGAUUGUCACUGGAGGAAAAGAAAGACCGACUAAGGAAGGGGGAGCUGUUAAGCUGUGGGAUCAGGAAAUGAAGAGGUGCCGUGCUUUCCAACUAGAGACUGGACAGCUUGUGGAGUGUGUGAGGUCUGUCUGCAGGGGAAAGGGUAAAAUCUUAGUAGGCACUAAAGACGGUGAGAUUAUUGAAGUUGGAGAGAAAAAUGCAGCCUCCAAUAUUCUGAUCAAUGGACAUAUGGAAGGGGAGAUCUGGGGCCUGGCUACUCAUCCCUCCAAAGACAUGUUCAUAUCAGCAAGCGACGAUGGAACAAUACGAAUCUGGGAUCUGGCGGACAAAAAAUUAUUGAACAAAGUAUGUCUGGGCCAAGGUGCCAAAUGUGCAGGCUACAGCCCUGAUGGAGAGAUGGUCGCAGUUGGUAUGAAGAAUGGUGAAUUCAUCAUCUUCCUGGUGAACUCACUAAAAGUCUGGGGCAAGAAACGGGAUCGCAGUGCAGCCAUCCAGGACAUCAGGUUCAGCCCUGAUAGCAGGUUCCUAGGGGUGGGCUCUGCUGAAAGCACUGUUGAUUUCUAUGACCUGACAUUGGGUCCAUCUCUGAACCGGAUCGGAUACUGCACAGAUAUUCCCAGCUUUGUUAUCCAGAUGGAUUUUGCUGCUGACAGCAAAUACAUUGAGGUUUCCACUGGUGCCUAUAAGCGUCAGGUUCAUGAAGUUCCUACAGGGAAGAUAGUGACAGAGGAGUCAUUGAUUGACAGGAUAACAUGGGCAACCUGGACCAGCAUCCUGGGUGAUGAAGUAAUUGGAAUCUGGCCAAGAAAUGCUGACAAAGCUGCCGUGAACUGUGCCUGUGUCUCUCACGCCGGGCUAAACAUAGUGACCGGGGAUGACUUUGGUUUGGUGAAACUUUUUGAUUUUCCAUGCACUGAAAAAUGUGCCAAACACAAGCGAUAUUUUGGCCAUUCUGCUCAUGUGACCAACAUACGAUUCUCAUAUGAUGACAAGUACGCGAUAAGCACUGGAGGUGAUGAUUGCAGUGUGUUUGUGUGGAAAUGCCUCUAAGGUCCAGCCAUUCCACAUGCUGAAUCCAGACUACAUGGCAAGGAGCUGGAGGGAUUAAAAUGCCUCAUGUGUCUGGCUGUUACAAACCUGUUACUAAAAUGCUGCAUUUAAACGUUUUAUCAUGUUGUGGAAUAGAAGUGCCGCAUAAAACAUCAAACAAGGAUGCUGAAGAGACAAAAACAAAUGCACUUAGUACCUUGACCAUUAAAGAGCUCGGAGUAGUUUAGGGAUGACACAAUAUCACAAUGCAUUACAGCUUAACUGUGUACAUGGCUCUUGUGCCACAGUAAAUGGUGUUUUAAAUAUCUUUUGAAAAGAAAAUACUGUUAGUGUUUACAUUAGUUUUGUCUACUUCCUGCAAUGGAAAUUGCAGAAAUGACAGGUGCCAUGACAUUUUUUUACACUUUAAUCAAGGCUAACCCUAGAGAUUUAUAUAUUUUUUUCUAAUUUUGUUUAUAACAAGCAUAGUUGUUUAUUAUUAUUAUUAUUAUUAUUAUUAUUAUUAUUAUUAUUAUUAUUAUUAUUAUUAUACAAAAGCCUUUUUAUUGUGAAAAAAACUAUACAUAAGUGCCUGAGAUUUUAUAUUACCUACUUGCAUUCUUUCACAAUUGCAUUUUGAAAGUUGUUUUUUUUUUACACUUAUGGUGCUAUAGAUUGUUAAUCGAGGGCUACCAAUAAUGUUAGUUUUAUUAUUUUAACCUUUUUUUUUUUUUUUACAUAAAUCAUUGAUAAAUGAUUUAACUGUGUAUAUUCCGCGUAUCUUAUUUUGAUGUGUUUGCUCUUCCUGGAUAAGUAUCAACAUAAUUACCUACAUAAACAGUUUGGGAUUCAAUCUUUGGUACUAAUUAUAUAAAAGUACUAGAAAAGUACUUAACUUAAUAUUGUGAACCAGCACUAGCUAGUCCGUGAUGCAAUACAAUGAGAAAAAUGGGUAUUUGCUGACGUAUAGAAAUUAUAUUAUCAUACCACUGCUUUCUGUAUCAUGACAAAGGGGGCAAGACUUCAGCAUCCUUUAUACAAUUAAAAAAAAAACAUGGGGCAUAUUUGUAAAUGUUUAGUGCAGUCUAUAACUAACUCUUUAUGUUUUGAAAGUGUUACAAAACUGAAAAACAACAAACUCAAGACCAUUCAAGAGACCUUCAGUAAUAUUACCAGUACUUCAUUGUUUGAUUCUAGUUUUGUACCCUAAACAGAUGUUUUUCGCUAUUGAGAAACUAGGGAGUUCAUUGGGCUGGAGUAAUUGCUUUGAAAAUGUACCCCAAACAAUCUAUUGUAUAGGAUGUGUUUAAUUAGAUUGAGAAAGGAUGCCUUAUGCUGCUCUGGAUAUAGAUGUAUGGUGUAAAAUAACCUGGAGCACCAAAGUUGACUAUGCAGUCUAUAAUCCACUUGUGGGUGGUCCAUAUUUUAACUUUUCUGUGUGUCUUGUUUGUGCUGUUUGAUAAGCAGCCUUGAAUCUGUCAUCCAGUGUGUCUUUUACCUGUUGUGCGAUGUCUGACUUUUGAAUUUACUGUAACGAAAUAGUAUUGUGUGACAGCAAUAGUGUCCAAUAUAACGGGUGUCUGUAAUGAAUAUCAAUCUGCAAAAGAUUUCUGUUCACGUUUUAUAAAUUUCAUACUUGAUUUUUUGUGCAUAAUUGUCUAAUUAGUACAUUUGUUAAACAUUGUAUUAUAAUGUAAAUUAGAAAAAAAUUG